AUGAAUCCGCUCAGCUCAUCCGUAUUCGAACUGGAUUUGAAUGCGUCCAGCAAUGCUGGCAGCAUGUUCAUAUUCGCUGACUUUCAAGAGCGUAGUUGUUUCGAUGUCUCGUGUGGAUACCAGGAGAAUGCUGACAAGACCAGAGAGCCCAUUGAUCUGGAAAUCUUUAGUUGA